AUGAUUUCGGAAGAGAUUUGUUGCUACCCAAAGAUUCCUUCUACAUCUCACAGAAAGAGACCGACUUUACCGAUUUCUAUUGUCUCAUGGAGUGCAGGCAAUAACAGUUUCCUGGUGAAGGAUCCACGCCAUUUCUCUCUUCAUCUGCUCCCUCUCCAUUUCAAACACUCCAACUUUUCAAGCUUCCUUCGACAGCUCAACACAUAUGAUUUUCGUAAAGUGGAUCCUGAUAAAUGGGAGUUUGCACACGAAUGCUUUCUUCCAAUCGUCUCAGGGGGCGGGCAGUCAAGUGGACGGACGCCAUUGUUAUGGAGCUCUGAGACGCUUCAAAAGAGGCAUCUUGAUGUUGGUAAAAAGAGGAGAUUGUUGCCAAUGCCACGUACAACAUCUGCUACUACUAGUACCUCAUUUGUUGUAUCCACAACCUGUUCAUUUUGA